AUGGCACAACCUACACCUCCACCCACGUCCACUUCUUCUCCAGAGCCAUACUGGCUAGGCCGCGCCUCAGACGAGCAAAAGCGUCUCUUAAGGCAGCACACCAUCUGGACUCGAAGCAUCGGCUACCUCCUGCACCCAUCAGUAUCCACAAGCCUCCCUGACAACGCCCGAAUCGCCGACAUAGGAACCGGCACCGGCAUCUGGCCCAUCGAGCUCUCCAAAUCCUCACCUCCCACCUACACCUUCCACGGUUUCGACAUCUCCUCCGAGCAAUUCCUCCCUGCCGACUCCCUCCCGCCAAACGUCAACCUCGGCUUCGGCGACUUCUUCAAACCGAUCCCUCAAGAAUUGCAAGGCACCUUCGACCUCGUCAACAUCCGGUUGAUAAUCAUUAGUCUCGGGCCCGUCUCAGUCUGGCAACAAGUCCUCGCCAAUAUCUUGACGCUGCUGAAGCCCGGUGGAGCGAUAUGCUGGACCGAAGGCAAUUUCCUCGUCGCGCGUGGUUUCCGCGGCCCCGAGCCGCAGUCAACUGCUGGGCACCAUCUCACCACUGGACAACUUCAACUAAACAAUACCCUGAUCCAACGGUUUGGUUAUAGUUUCCCGUCCCUCACACGGUUGUUUGAGGACGCGGGACUAAAGGGCGUCGAGGAGGAUGUGCUUAGUACGGAUCGGCUUCCGGAGCAGAGGGGCGAGUUUACGGAUUUAGGGAUCGGGGCCGUGUUUGGGGGGUUGAGGAAUUUGGCAAGGGUGAGGGAGGAGGGGCGUUGGGAUGAGGGUGAGGUGGAGAGGAGGAGGGGGUUGGCGGUGGGGGAUAGGGAGAGUGGGGCGUAUUUGCGGUGGGAUAUACAUGUUGGUGUUGGGUUCAAGCCUUUGUGA